AUGCACACGGAAAUCUCUGAUAGAAAGCCCAGUACAGCCCUUAUGGAUACCGCUGAGUACAAUUUACGCCUUCAGGUGCCCUAUUCGACAAGUACAAAUGGGUCUAGGCAGACCGUCCCCAUCAUCCCCCCUCCACGGCCCGUCCGCGAGCGCCCGGCGCAAACCUCCAAGACUCUGCCUUUAUCCUUCCAGAGUCUAGCAUCAGUGACAUCGGUCCUCCGUCAUCCGACUACUAUGUACAUGUAUGCAUGCUAUGGCUUUUUAGCUCCGGCGGCUGCUUUUUCACAAGCAAUUGAGCGGGGGAAUUAUUACACUUUGCAAAAACCCAAAGACAGGUUGUUAUCGCCCGAGCCUAUGCAACAACAAGGUAAUGAUAUACGAAGUUUCCACAGAGGAUCCGAAUCACUUGACAAAGGUUGCACACGAAAUAGUUCUCUAUACUGCGGGCUUUUCUUUCCGAGGACUCAUAUGACCUUUGUCAUGCUUUGCCGCUGGCAAUCUGUCUUUGGAAAAGCCACGGUUCGGAGUAUAAUCAUGAUGAUCUUUGUGCUAUAUGUCUUGACCCCGACUGAUUCUGGCCAAACGAAUAUAUACAAAAUUCCAAUAUAUGGGAUGUCCAAGUCACAGAAGCCACCUGAGCGAGGUCGCCACAAGACAAUUGCUACAGUUUUGAUCUAA